AUGGAUGAAACAGAUGCGACCAAGAGGGAGAAGCUCCUCGAGAGACAAGAUGAAUUAUGUAUCAUCUUAGAAAAGCUAAAGGAAAGAAUACGUAAUCAAAGUUCUAUCGAAACUUCGUACGACGAAAGCUUAAUUCAGCCUUCGGCAUCCAACAUCAGCAACAGAACACCACUCCCACCGGCGCCAAUCAAGUCUUCAACCUCCAAAGAAUACGGAGAAACACGACCACUACCAGUCUCAGUGCUUGCGGCGCGUUUUUCGAAAAACAGUCGGGUACACAAGGCUUUGCUCGCUCGCAAGAGAAGGCUUCAGCGCCAUGGGAUCACAAUAAGCGUACGUUUGGCGACUGCGACAGAGAAGUCAUUGAAAUACAGAUGUCGGAAGUUUAGCCCACUUCGAUGGUCGCAAGGUUACGCCGAGUCACAUGAACUUUGA